AGCCCCGUUUUUCACAGUGAGGUUCUGCAGCUCAUUAGUAAGUUCAGUCGAGUAGUUUAGCGGCACACUUAGGGUUUUUUUAAAAACUAUCAUUGUGAUCAGUACUUCCACACAGCUUUGCAAAAAUUCUGAAAUAGUGUUCGUUCGUAUAUAAGCUUUAUUUUUUAAAGGGGUGUGUCCUCUGAAUGUAUUAUUUUGAUUGUGAACCUGACGUCAGCGGACAGCUGUGCGUUAAAGCACUGGUGCUCUCAGUGCGGGAUGUGCAAGGACAGCUGUCGCUACACUGACCAAGCUGUUGUGGUUUUUUUUUUUCGUCCGCUGGAGAGGGAGGCAGGCAGGCAGGCAUUGGGCUGUGUACCUUUAAGAGAGGGCGGAGUGAGUUAGAGCCCCGGGGCUGUGUGUUGAACACACUACUGAUCCUGUUUAGAUGUUGUCAGGACCUGACAUCAGUUUAACAGUUGUUUCGUCAGAUCCAUGUCUCCUCCAGUGUCAGCCUGAAAAAUGAUAGAGAUGUCAUUUGACAAAGGAACUGUUUUAUCUUGUGAGGGGCUAACAGACCCCACUUCCCAACAGCACUCAGAACUUACUAGAAAUGAUACCAGCACUCACCAUCCAUCCGGGAAGACCACAGUUAUAAACCUCAGCAAAGAGGGUGGUGAAGAAGCAGGAAAUGAGACAUCAGUGGAGCACAGAGAGAAAACCGCUGCCACAGAUAACAAUGCUGUGAGUGACCGUGGGGUUGUUGGGUUCGAAUCGUCUACACAAACCCAAAAUGGCACCCAGCAGCCCAAACCUCAACAGCAGAAAGUCAAUAAGCGCCGCAACACUAUGAGCAUUGGAUUUAAACACCCUUGUUAUGGCAAACGACGACGACGUGCCAACUCAGAGAGCGAGUCAGUCCUGCCAACCAAUUUCCUGCUGGGCGGGAACAUUUUUGACCCACUCAACCUUAACAGCCUUCUGGAUGAAGAGGUGAACCGGGCUCUCAACGCAGAGACGCCCAAGUCCUCGCCAUUGCCAGCCAAAAACAGAGACCCUGUAGAGAUCCUGAUACCCAGAGAUAUCACAGACCCCCUCAAUCUCAAUUGCCCUAGUGCAGGAGAUAGCAGUCUGUUGGCGUCUCCCUUAAAAAGCAGCGGAGGCAGGCGGAGACAUCGGAACAAGCACCAUGGAGCAAGCGCUGGAGGAGGUGGAAAAGGUUUUGUUGAAGGAGUCACACAGAUCGAUUUACUCGAGUGUGCAACAGUACAAGAUGAUAUCUCCUUGAUACAUUCGGACUCAGGGGUUCAACAAAGGUGUUCAAGGGUGGUUCCUGAGGACCAAAUAUUAUCGGAUGUGACUCUUGAGGCUCGGUGUUCAGAUAAGCCCAGUUUAACCACAAAUGGCGGAGAAGUGAAGGAGAAAGCCAUUGAUGCCUCAACUGCACCUCCAUCUACAAACCCCACCAAUGCUCCAUCAAACAGGCAGCGCAAACGCAGGCGUGCCGGUGGCAGAUUUGAGAACACAGACAGUUCAAAUAAGGUGGAAAGUUGGGGUCAGAAAUCUGGGAGGCAUUCUCAGCCCUUUCAAACCCCAGGAAUGGGCUCUCGUACUGGAGAUGCAGAGAGACUGCAUUGGAGGCCACAGUGCAACAACAACCAGCACCCACAACAGCCGAAGAAGAAGUUUCAGUACGGCAACUAUAAUAAAUACUAUGGUUAUCGGAACCCAGGGCUGAGCGAGGAUCCUCGUAUGCGUGUUUUGAAUCCCGAGUGGUUCAGAGGGAAGGCCGUGUUGGAUCUGGGCUGCAACACCGGCCACCUGACGCUGUCCAUCGCCAAAAAUUGGCGACCGGCACGGAUUGUCGGCCUGGAUAUUGAUGCAGCAUUGAUACAUGCUGCUCGGCAGAAUAUACGGCACUAUCUCUCUGAGGUCCACACGCAGCAGGCUCGACGUUCUGGGGAAAAUGGGGAGGGCAUCGAGGGGAGAGGGAUGGAGGAGGAUUUAAUAGAAGAAAAGAGUCAGCAGAAGGAGAAAGACGAAGAGAGUUUUGUUGUGAAAGAGGACGGAGGGGAGAAAAAAACAAAGCAUGUGGAAGAAGUGAACAAAUGCACGGUCGGGGAAGUUGGUCGAGAAGAGAAAGCGGCUGAUCAGCGAGGAAUGAGUGGGAAAAUGGAAGAUGGAGCGUCGGUAAGUCUCCCUGAUGGGAAGCAUUCUUUCCCUGUCUCACUCCGGAUCUCAAGAGGACCCAUAGCUGGCCCCCCUUUGCCUGAGAUGAACACAAACAGUCUCCCUCCUGGAGAUUUCCCUGCCAACGUGACCUUUGUCAAGGGAAACUAUGUGCUGGAAAGUGAUAUGCUGGUGCAGAUACAAAAGGAAGAGUAUGACGUGAUCCUAUGUUUGAGUGUGACAAAAUGGGUCCACUUGAACUGGGGUGAUGCUGGACUCAAGCGGCUCUUCCACAGGGUCUACAAGCACCUGCGGCCAGGAGGACUCUUCAUUUUGGAGCCCCAACCCUGGAGCUCCUACAGCAAGAGAAAGAAGCUCACUGAGGACAUCUGUAAGAAUUACCAUAGCAUCCGGUUAAAACCGGACCAGUUCUCCAGCUACCUGACUACUGAUGUGGGCUUCUCCAGCUACGAGCUCAUCGGAACUCCACAAAAUUACUCUAGAGGCUUUCAGAGACCAAUCUACCUUUUUCACAAAGGACCCUCGCCUCAGAAGUGACACCACCAGUUUGACUUUGAAAUCCACAAAUUUGAAGAUUUUGGAAACAACCAGCAUUUGAAGUCACUGGAACUUUAAGCAUUUUCUUUCAAAUUGAGAUGAGACAUUCAGUAUUGUGAAAUGGAAUCUCAUUGGUGCUGUAAGACAAAAUUUUCCCCUGCCAUUGAAAACAAAGGAAAAUCUCACAAUUUUGUUUUUUCAAGGACUCUACUGUAGAAUUUUAGCCACAGAUCAAAGUUUUUCCCUAUUCAAACAAGAUGAUCUCUCAUAAAGGACGGUCUCCUAAAGAAGCACAAAGUUCAAUUCGAUUCAGUCAAAUCCCAAGUAAUUCUUGUUAAACACCAUUUGUUUUUCGUUUGAAAUGAAAUUCCCAAAAGUGUAAAUUCUUGAGCAACUCUGCCCUUCACACAACUGGUAAAAGAUCAUCUAGAAAUAAAAUGGUGGUUAAGUUUGCGAAUUAUUUCUGAAAGAUUAGAGCAUGUUACAAAAUCAGAUUUUUGCUCUUUUAUUGUUGUUGCUGCACUGUCAUGUACAUAAUUUUUCCGUUUAGUUUCGAACAAAACAUCUCUAUUAACAUAGGAAGCUUUCGACACUUCUAGCAUCUGUCGCCCAUCAGCCGUUUUGCAUGGCUGCCACUUCUAGUAACAAAUGCCAAUUUUAUGUCCAUCAAUUAUAUUGACUGGUCUAACAGGAUCAUAAUUUUGUCCUUGAAAGUUUUGAAGCUGCAGGUUAGCUGAUUUGCAAUGACAGUGUUUACUGAUCCAUUCUAAUAAAAAGUCAGGCUGAUACCAGAAGGAUGUGAUUCCUUUUUAUUGUUGGUGGGUCACAGAGAAUAAUGUUAAAACUUACUUUUUUUUUUUUUUUUUUUUUGAAUGUGUCCUGUUCUGAUUCUCCAACUGUUAAAGUUUAACAAACUGAUGUAUAUUUUGUAAAUUGUUCGUCCAGAGUUCUUGUCACCACUGAGGUAACCUUGUUGUUGUUGUUAGUUUUAUUCAUAUUUAAAGGUUUGCACUAAAACGAGAGAACAAGUUUGUCUCCCACAUUUUUAUUUUGAUGUGCAAAUGUAAAGUUGGUGUAUCUCUGAAAAGGGUCCUUUUCAUUCAAAGGACUCGACGAAAUUGAAAAAUAAACUACAAAAUAACAUGUA